AUGGACGACAUCCCUCAGCUCGUGGAGGAGCUCCCCCCAGACUUCCACUACACCCACAAGGAAGACACCGCCGAAUUACCGGUCAAUGUCGACAAGAAGAUCCCCAUCACCAUCAUCACGGGCUACUUGGGCAGCGGCAAGCUGACUCUCCUCGAGACGAUAUCUAGAAACGCCCAGGGCAAGCGGCUAGCGAUCAUUCUCAACGAGUUUGGCGACAGUGCUACCAUUGAAAAGAGUGUUACCAUCAAGGACCAGGCAGACACGGUGGAAGAGUGGCUUGAUUUGGGCAACGGGUGUCUCUGUUGCACCGUCAAAGACAAUGGCGUCUUAGCCAUCGAACGGCUCGUGGAGAAGAGCCGGGGCAAAAUCGAUUACAUCUUACUUGAGACCACAGGGAUUGCUGACCCUGUACCUAUUGCCAAGAUGUUUUGGCUUGACGAUGGGCUCGCGCUGCUGAUCUAUAUUGAUGGUGUGGUUACGGUGGUGGACAGUGAGCACAUUGUGCGGUGUUUAGACGAUGUUGGCGGUCACUGGCAUCGAGAACACGGCCACACGAAGCUGGCCCAGGGAGUGGAGGGAGAGGAUGAGCCGGAGGACGUGACCACGGCUCAUUUACAGCUUGCGAUGGCCGAUGUGGUAUUGAUGAAUAAAGCCGAUAGAGUAACUCCAGAACAAAUGGAAGCAGCGGAAACCCGGGUGAAAGCCAUCAACGGGGUCGCUCCGUUAUACCCCACGCUGUUUGGCGAUAUCGAUUUGGAUAAAAUCUUGGAUCUCCACGCGUUUGAACAAACGAGAGUCGACGACCACCCAGGCAGUUUCCACGACGACCGGAUCAACACCGUGACCCUUGAGUUCCCCUUUUUAACUGAGGACAGCCAAUGGCACGGGUUCGAGAAGUUUCUCCAGGAAAUCCUUUGGGGAGACGAGUUUGAAAUCCAUAGAGUGAAAGGGCUUGUGGUACAAAAAGAUGAGGACGAUAAGUACCACGUGGUUGUCAGAGUGAUCCAGGGAGUCAGAGACACUUACGAUACCCGUGAGGGGGUGCUUUUAGAGGGAGUUUCUGAGAAUAAGGUGGUGUUUAUUGGGAAACAGUUGAGCUUAGAAGCUUUGCAAGAGAAGUUGGCCCUGCAUAUAACUUACUAA